AUGAUGAAAAUAGAAGAAGUGAAAUCAACAACCAAAACCUAGAGAAUUGCACAUCACAGUCAUAUCAAAGGAUUGGGUUUGUAAGAAGAUGGAACUGCAUUAGAAAAUGCAUCUGGCAUGGUUGGAUAAUAAAUAGCAAGAGAGGCAGCAGGAAUAUUUGUAGAUUUGGUUAAAUCAAAAAAACUCGCAGGAAGAGCAUUAUUAAUGGCAGGACCACCAGGCACUGGAAAAACAGCCAUAGCAUUGGCGGUAGCCUAAGAAUUGGGAUCUAAAGUACCAUUUUAUCCAAUGGUUGGGUCUGAAGUUUAUUCAGCUGAAGUUAAAAAGACAGAAGUGCUUAUGGAGAAUUUCAGAAGAGCUAUUGGACUAAGAAUUAAGGAAACCAAAGAAGUUUGGGAAGGAGAAGUUAUUGAAUUAAAAACAGAAGAAAAGGAUGAUCAAACAGGAUAUGGAAAAGUAGUAUCAGCAGUAGUAAUUACAUUGAAAACAUCUAAAGGAUCUAAAACACUAAAAUUAGACCCAUCUAUUCAUGAAAAUUUAACUAGAGAGAAAGUUACUAUUGGCGAUGUCAUUUAUAUUGAAGCUAAUAGUGGAAAUGUCAAGAGAGUAGGAAGAUGUGAUGUUUACAAUAGCGAAUAUGAUUUAGAAGCAGAAGAAUAUGUUCCAUUGCCUAAGGGUGAUGUUCAUAAAAAGAAGGAGAUUGUCCAAGAUGUUACUCUACAUGACUUGGAUGUGGCUAAUGCAAAACCUUAAGGAGGUCAUGAUUUCGUUUCUCUUAUGAAUUAAUUGAAUAAAAAGAAGAAAACAGAUAUCACAGACAAAUUAAGAGGAGAAAUCAAUAAAGUAGUCAGCAAAUACAUUGACUAAGGAGUUGCAGAAUUAGUACCAGGAGUAUUAUUUAUUGAUGAAUGCCAUAUGCUUGAUAUAGAAGCAUUUACAUUUUUAAAUAGAGCCUUAGAAUCUACUCUAGCUCCUAUUGUCAUAUUGGCUACUAAUAGAGGUUACUCUUAAAUUAGAGGUACUGAUAUCAAUAGUCCUCAUGGAUUACCAGUCGAUCUCUUGGAUAGAUUAUUGAUCAUAAGAACAACUCCAUAUAACUUAGAAGACAUCAUUAAAAUUUUGGCUAUCAGAGCUUAAACAGAAGGACUUAAGAUAACAGAAGAAGCUUUAUAAGAGUUGAGUAACAUUGGUAAUCAAUCCUCUUUAAGAUUUGCUAUUCUUCUGCUAACACCUGCCAAUAUUUUAGCUUAAACUUCUGGAAGAGAGGAAAUUGCCAUAUAGGAUAUAUCGGAAGUUCAUGAACUUUUCUUACAUGCAAAAUAAAGUGCUAAAGUAUUAGAAUAAUAAGCAGAUAAAUAUAUUAGUUGAGUUUUAUAUUUAAUAUUAAGUAAACAUUUUGUAUAUA